AUGUCAUCAUGCAUAGUACUAGCAGAGUUGAAGCAAUCUCAUGGAUAUAUCAGCUAUGGACAUAGGUUUAAAGCAGCUGCGCGUUCUUGGACAACGAGAUUGCAAUUGACUCAAAGGGAGUAUGGUGAGAACGUGAAAGUACGUAAAGACAUUCUCCAAACUAAGGCAUUCGAGAAUGCGCAGAGGGAUUUGAAUGAUAUUCUAUAUGAAUUAAGACAAUCAAUUGAAAUUUCCGCACAGCUAGAAGAACAAGCUGGCGAUAAUUUUGACAUUGACGUGCCAAGAGCUAACAGUGAUUACAAUAGACACAUGCAAACUACCCUAGCGAAGCUGAAAGAUGAACAGCCUGAUACACCAUACCAGGCGAGGUUCAAAUACGCGGCCUCACUCUGGCAGGACAAGAAGAAGGUCCACAAAAAGGCGGUCAAAGAUGCGAGACCAUUAUACACUAAUGAGGCAAUAGCUAAUAAACCAACAGACGAAGAUUUAUUGUUGGAAAAUCAACAACCAUCGUCUUCUACCCACGAAGGAAGAUUACCGAUGAGUUAUUUCACAAAUGACAUCCUAAAUGAUGAUAUUUUCAAUGGCAUAGCAGAUAAUAUAUCUAUACCGACAGUAAAUUAUUUUGAUACCAACUUUAAUGAAUUUUUCUAA